AUGAACGGACGUGCUUUGAAUGACCGCGCCAUUGAGGUGUCACCUUCGAGUUCACGAGUCCUCGACCGUGCCGCUGGCUCGCAGCCUCCUGGUGGACCACCUCUCUUGACACCUUUCCCACCAUCAAAGAACCGCCCACGUCCCGGUGACUGGACCUGCCCAAGCUGCGGCUUCUCCAACUUCCAGCGUCGUACUGCUUGCUUUAGGUGCUCAUUCCCAGCUAUAGGCGCUGGACCGGAUCCUUAUGGCUCGAACAACUAUGGGAUGCAGCCAAAUCCUUACGGCGGCGGCCAGGGCUACGGACACCCAAAUAUGAUGAGUGGCGGAGGUCACAUGCACGGUGGUCAAUAUGGCGGAAUGGGUGGCAUGGGCGGAUCUUCUGGUCGUGGCGGUAUCAUUCCGUUCCGCGCUGGUGACUGGAAGUGUGGGAAUGAAGGUUGCGCUUACCACAACUUCGCCAAGAAUGUCUCCUGCUUGCGCUGCGGCGCCUCACGAAAUAAUGCUGCGGUCGUGGCUGAAGGUGGCAUGAACAACUUUCCUGGUUCCGGAUAUGGCGGUCCUCAAGGUCCUCCAAGUAUGAUGCCGCCUUCCAUGAACAACAGCUCUUAUGGCGGCGAUAUGUCCCAGGGCGGUAGUGCUUAUGGUGGUGGGAGCAGCAUGGGUGGUGGCUAUGGUGGUCAAUCCUUUGGUCCACCAUCGAGCUAUUCUUUGCCAGGUGGUCUUGGUGCACCAAGCCCGUACAUGCAGGGUGGCUACGGUCAAAUGAGCAGUAACGGAAGCAUGCAGGGUCAGGGUCAAGGUCAGGGUCAGGGAGGAUUCGACAGCCGUGCUGAGGCAGCUUUCAACCAGGGUAAUGCUUCGUCUGCUGGCCAGGGUGGUCAGAGUGGGUAUUCGAACGGCAGCAGCUACGGCCAGGGUCAGUACGGCGGUGGUGAUGCGACCGACUUCAGCUUCCUGAACAGCGGCAUGAAUAAUCUGGGUCUGAGCGACCGCGAGCCGCGUAACGGCCAAGGGGCUAACACCAAGUCGCCACAGUAG